GGACAGGGACGCCGGUGAUGCUGGUCCCUGUAGGAUCCAUAUUUCCCGCCGCGGAGACGCAGGGAACGUUCGGCUCGGGCGGUAUUUUUCUUCCAUGUCGUCUCCUGUAAGCUUGGCCAGAAAGGCAAAAGACAACCUCGACUAAAUUGUCCUGGCGUGGUAAGAUCUACACCACCUCCACCUACUUACCCCUGCCUGCAUGCGGGCUUGGAGUUGCCAGCAAGCCGGAAAUCAUCUGCACUAGCUUCCAUGGUUCGCGAUAAUCGCCGUCCUCAGUGCCCGAGUUCGACGGGAGGACUAUACUGUGGUACACGUAGUAUGGUAGUACCGAGCACGCACGGACCGCCAAGCCCUUGGCGGAGACGACGCCAACUCACAAGAAUGGAUUCCGCAAAUAUACGGUCUGGGAUAUAGGUGUACUGUGUACAUUUCUUCCUUACACCUGUGCUAGAAGAUGGUUGACUCAUUGGACGACGCAUAUGCGCGGCUUCGGGCGACAUUGUCCGAUCGGGACGACGCCACUCUGCCGCCCCAAGCCUCCCUCGAUGCUGGGGAAGCCUCCCUACCGCAGGAAGGUGGCUCGGCCUACCUUGUCGGUCGCGGGACUCGAGCGACGCUGGACCACCUGCUCGACGACAUCGUCCCGGCCCUGAACGGACAGAGCGUCGGCCCACGAUACUAUGGCUUCGUCACGGGGGGCGUACUACCCGUCGCCGAGGCUGCCGACAACAUCGUUUCGGCCCUGGACCAGAACGUGCAAGUGCACCUGCCGGACCAGUCCAUCAGCACCACCGUGGAAGACAGCGCCCUCGCUAUGCUGGUGUCGUUGCUGGAGCUGGGCCCGCCGGCGGACUGGCCCGGCCGGACAAUCACCACCGGCGCCACCGCCAGCAACAUCCUGGGUCUGGCCUGUGGCCGCGAAAUGGUCGUUGCCAGCCGCCUGCCCCCGCACUCGUCGGGCGCCACGGUAGCCAAGACGGGCUUGCUCGGCGCCUGCCUCGCUGCCGGGGUCAGGCAGAUCCAGGUGCUGACUACCAUGGGCCACAGUUCACUGUCCAAGGCCGCCAGCGUGGUGGGGCUCGGCCACGAUGCGGUCAAGGAGCUGCCCGUCAGCGAGGACGAACCGUGGCGCCUGGACCUCGACGCCGUUGAGCGCGAGCUGGCCCGCGACGGCGUGGCGAGCAUCAUUGCCGUGAGCGCUGGAGAGGUUAACACGGGCAGGUUCGCGACGAAUGCUCUGGACAUGCCGAAACUCCGGAGCCUUGCUGACCGCUAUGGUGCAUGGAUCCAUGUCGACGGAGCCUUUGGCCUGUUCGCCCGCGCUCUCCCCCCGUUGGACGAGUUCCUGGGCCUUCGCGCUCAAACAGCAGGUCUUGAACUGGCAGACAGCAUAGCGGCUGAUGGCCACAAGCUCUUGAACGUACCUUACGAUGCGGGUAUCUUCUUCUGCCGUAACCAAUCCAUACUCUCAAGCGUCUUCGCGAACCCAAACGCCGCAUAUCUGGCAUCCCAAGGCGGUUCCAAGAUCCCGAGCCCUCUGAACAUCGGCCUCGAGAACUCCCGGCGCUUCCGCGCCUUGCCCGUCUAUGCCGUCUUGGUGAGUGAGGGCCGAGACGGAAUCGCCCAGAUGCUCGCCCGGCAGGUGAGGCUGGCUCGCCGCAUCGCAGAGUUCGUCCGGGACUCGGAGGAUUAUGAAUGGCUGCCGGACGGGGACGCCCCUCUUGCGCACACCAACAUCGUCGUCCUGUUCGGGGCGAGGGACCCUCGCGUCAACGAUGAUCUGGUACGGAGGAUCAACCAAACCAGGCGGAUCUAUGUCAGCGGCACGAGGUGGAAGGGCCGCAGCGCCUGCCGCUUAGCUGUUGGGAGCUGGAGAGUCGACGUGGAGAGGGAUUUCGCCGUCGUCAAUGAAGUCUUGACCUCGGUUGCCAAGAGCCCGCAGUAGAUAACUCUUUCGCUGCGAGUCGCGAACUCCUCACUCUCCGCGGGGGGACUAACAAGGAAAAUAUCCAAAAUGCUCCACACAACCACCGUCCAUUGCCGUCCCAUACAUUUGCGGUCCCCUCUGCAAAACACGUUGUAGCCCUGAGACCGGCGAGGUUCCGCCGUUAUGUCAAUUGGCGUAGCCCGACAAUGGCCGUACCCCAAAG